AACAAGUUUGGCGAGUGGUUUUGUAAGAGCCACGGGUUUCCAGUAAGACUCUCUUCACCUCACAGGCUUCAUGGAUGGUGAUUUGCUGUUUGCCGUUUCAUGAUGGAGAAUGGGAUCGGCAGCAACUCCUGGAAUCCUUUCUACUCAAAACCACAGGACUACAGUGUGACAGCUGAUGCGGAAAACAAUGUGUUUCCUAACAUGAACAGAUUUACCACAGUAAAUCAAAGCAACGGCGUUCAUAAGACGCCUUCAUUUUCAGACAUCGAUCCUUUUCCAGCUCCAGACUGGAUUUAUUCUCCACCUGAUUUCUAUAAAGACAGCACACCUGAUGCGUUUCAGACCACAGCAGUGUCAGAGAAUUGGCCUGAGGAAAUAGACAUCUUCCAGCCCUAUAAAGAAAAGGUGGACAAUGCUUCAGCCAAUCAGAUCACAGUAUCUUCGCCGUUGUCCAAUCGGAGCACAGAGUUCUUGCUCUCAUCCAAUCAGAACACAGAGUCCUCAUCCUUGCUGAAUCGCAACACACAUUCCACAUCCUUGCCCAAUCAGAACACAGAAUCCUUGUUCUCAUCCAAUCAGAACACACAGUCCACAUUUUCGCCAUUGUCCAAUCAGAACAUAAAUUCCUCAUCUUCGUCCAAUCAUAAUACAGAAUCCUUGUCCUCAACUAAUCAGAACACGGAUUCAUCAUCCAAUCAAAACACACAAUCAUCCUCAUCCUCGUCCAAUCAGAGGGAUCCGCUCCUGGAAUUCAUUCUCUCCAGACAGAAGAAAUUCCAAGCCCCGCCCACUUUCACAUCACCAUCCGAAUUGUCUUUUCCUCAAGAGACGUCUACAAACAGGGACAGAUUCUUUGAGGCGCCGCAUAUUUCUGACCAGAACUCCACGUCUGAUGAUGCCUUCAAGACACCGUCGUCCACCACAGGAACCAGCCACUCGGACCUCAGGGCGUUUGACCCUCUAUUUGAGCCUCAGAGUGACGUUCAGUCCAGUCAGAAGAGCAGUGUAGAGGUGCUGCUCGUCAACACAUCCAGAGGUCUGACAGAUGGAGGUGUUCAGGGGACGGCAGGUGGAGAAACGCCAUCAGCAAACACUUCCAAUGGAGAAACGAUGUUCAGGAGGCGUCCACCAGUACCUGCUCCUCGCAGAAAAUCCCUGAAGAGCUUCCUGCCUCCACCUGAAGCGCAGAUCUCCACAGCUGUGAUUGAGGACGAUCUGAAGGUUUAUGAGGACGUUCUACUCACCGGGCAGGAGAGGUGUGUGGAGGACUGGCCUGAAAACAGCCCAGAGCUCUCUGCAGAAUAUAAACCGGCUGGAAAACUCAGACUGAGGAGAGACUCGCUACAGUUUGCAGAAACAUCUGACGCAGGACCAGGAGUGGACGGGACUUUAAAGAAGAACGAUAAACGGACUCUGGGAAGGAAACUGCGGCAAUCUCUGCUGAUCAGACGCAGCUCAAAGGAUAAAAUUGGAGAUGAACUGAAAAGCUCAGAGGCGAACACAAACUCUCUGCAUCGCGGUUCAAAGAUCUUCGGUGAUGAGUUUUUUGCUCCAGAUGAAGAAGAUCCAAAAAAUGAGGCAGAAUAUAAAUCAAAGAAAUCGACAAAACCCAAGAUUAUUACACAGCGCAGAGGAUCGAAGGUGAAAAGCACUGAAGCUAAAGGAUUGACUCCAGACUCUAAGGUUUGUUCAGAGAUUCUCCGUUCAUGA